AGUGAGCUCCUCAACUACUCUCUCUUCUUGAUUCUGGCCUUUCUGUUUGCUUCAAUCUUUCGCGGUUUCACUUCUUUCACUGGAUUUAGGCUUGAGAAUCUUUGCUUCUGGGCUCGACCCUUCAACGUGAAUCUUGUGCUAGCGAGGUCUAAACCGAGUCUUGCAGACAAUAUAGAUAAUAUGGCCAAACCUCAUGGGAUUAUCUAUUCUUCUCCAAAGUCACCUCAGCAUCCGAAAAUAUAUGCCAAAACUCAAGUGAUUGAGCAUAGCAAACAAAGCAAUGGCUAUCUCUCAAUGUUAAGACUCAAGUUGUCUAAUAAGGGAUUCUGGCGAGCUUAUAGGACGCCAAGUGGCUACGUUGCUACCCGAGGAUCUUCUCUUUGGUGUCAUUCUGCAGAAACGCGCCAUGCUGAAACAGAAGAACGUGUUAGAGAGUAUCGUGAUAGUUCAGACACAUCUAGUAGGCAAGGAGAAGAUAAGGAUCCAGCCUCACUUGGAAAAUCUGUUACUGCAAGCCCGGGAAUAGCCGAAGCUUGUAAAUUUGUUUACAACGAUGCAAAAUUUGUAAACGAAAGGGCUAAGAACGACAUUGUGUUGCUCUCUCGUGGAAUAAUGAGGUUGGAUGCUCGUGCACGCCAAGAUGUUGCUAUUCUCGGUUCAGAAUUUCUUAAACUUGAUGCAUUUUUAUUGGUAGCCCGAGCUAGAGAAAACACGGAGAAGAUUGACCAUGAUGUCAAGAGAAAAGCGGAAAGGCUUCAUCAUGUUGCCACUAUUCUCAAGAACAAAGCUCAAUCAAGAUUGAAAAUUGCUGCUGACAAGCAUUGGAGCGAUGGUGCUUUAGAGGCUGAUUUGCGACGUGCUGAUUUUGCUGCCAAACAACGUGCAAUGGAAGAUGCCUUUAUGGCUUUAGAGUUUAUCAAAAACAUCCACGAUAUGAUGGUGAGCAAGAUGUGCCAUUUGAAAAGAAGUUCUCUGAAUCCCAACAAAAUGACGGAGUGCAUAACACUAGAGAAGAAUGGGAAAACGCUUAACUUUCUUCCCGGGGAAGUGUCUGCUGAGCGUAUUAGUGCUAUUCAGGAAGCGUAUUGGGAUAUAGCAGCUGCACUUUCUGAAGCGGAUGGGAUUGACUACACUGAUCCUGAAGAGCUAGAGUUGUUAGUUGCAACGUUAAUAGAUCUCGAUGCAAUGGAUGGUAAAAGUAGCGUGUCUCUGUUGGCCGAGUGUUCGAGUUCUCCAGAUGUCAAUACAAGGAAAGCAUUAGCUAAUGCACUAUCGGCUGCACCAUCCAUGUGGACUCUGGGAAACGCGGGCAUGGGAGCUUUGCAGAGACUUGCACAAGAUAACAACCCUGCAAUCGCUGCUGCUGCAUCGAAAACCAUCAACGAAUUGAAGAGGCAGUGGGAAAUAGAGGAGGGGGACAGCUGGAGGUUCAUGGUGAACGGAAAAUCACCGGAAGAUGACGAUGUAGAUAGCUAAGAGGAUAUACAAACACGAUAGGAGAUGUGCUCAACAACGCAACCAC